AUGAAGUUGGAAGUUGCAUAUCCGAAGCCUGAGUUAACCUUGGAAGGGGAUGGGGAAGAUGAAGUGAUCAUUUUUAAGUCAAUAGUGGCUGAGAAGCGGCCUGAUGUGGAAAACACUAGUUGGGUAGCCGAUGAGGGCCUCGAGCCUGGUAAAAAUGCUUAUCCAGGUGAUCUAAAGACAGAGGCUGUAUGA